GGGGUGGGAUCUUUUAGACAACACCAGAGCCAUCCUCCUCGUAUUUAUAGUUCCUCUAGCGAGGUUUCGAGAACUUUUGAAGUUGAAUCAUUAAUACAUACCACCUCUUUGCUCGCUUUCACCAUGGCAUCCACUCUAGCAGACACACUCGAGGCAUUGGCCGAGAGGCUGAGCAAGACCGCCCAGGACCUCCGUUCCGGCAGCCUCUCCCUCGAAAGCGACAUGAUGCAGCGGGUGAGCCUUCUGAAAGCCGGCGCAGACCUGCAGGAAGCUGUCAGCCUGCCCAGGGACAGAGCCCUGAUGUGGCUGCCCCAGCUUGCUCAUGUCACCGCCAUCCGCCUGUUCAUCAAGUGGAAGGCGUUUGAGAAGAUCCCUGUCGACGACGGCGCCACGAUUUCAUACGACGACCUCGCUGCGGAGCUGAAUGCUGACGUGUCUCUCAUCACACGCUUUUCGCGGGCUCUCGUCGCCAACGGCACCCUCAAGCUGGUCGGGACCGACCGGGUGGCACACACCGACUUCUCUCGCAUCCUCACGACGCCCAACCCCAUCUGGGCCAUGAUACAGGAAGGAUUCGACAGCCAGCUAAAGGCGUGGGCGGCCAUGCCUGAGUACUUUGACCGCUUCGGCCUCGGGACGGAGCCCGAGGACCGGCUGCAGACGGUGCGGGCCUUCGCCGAGGACCGGCUCGGCUCGACCGUGUGGGAGAUACUGCACAGCAGCGAGGAGCGUUUGCGCGUCUUCAUGCUGGCCAUGGGCGUCAUCGAGGAGCAGAUGCCGCCGCUGCCCGCCUACAACCUCGGCUGGGCGGCCGAGGCGGCCGGCAGGGACGCCGACCGGCCGCUCCUCGUCGACGUCGGCGGCGGCAGGGGCCAUGCGCUCCUGGGCAUCCUGAAGCUGACGCCCGGGCUGCCCGCCCACCGCUGCGUGCUCGAGGACCUGCCCGAGGUGGUCGAGGCGGCCAGCAGGGAGGUUCCCGAGCUGGCCGAGGUGCAGAUGGUCGCCAUGGACUUCCACAAGGAGCAGCCGGUCAGAGGCGCCCUGGUCUACUAUAUGCGUCGGUGCCUCCACGACUAUUCGGAUGAGGAAUGCGUCAAUAUGCUGCAGCACAUCUCCGGCGCCAUGGCAGCCGACAGCAGGCUGCUGAUCGUCGAGACCCUGCUCAGCGACCUGCCGUCGCCGUUCCAGGUCGCCCUGGACCUGUCCAUGAUGACCAUCUCGGGCAAGGAGAGGACGCUGGACAACUUCCGGGACAUCACCGGCAAGGCGGCGCUCAAAAUCACAAAGGUCUCGCAGAUUCCCGGGGGAAGCGCCGUCAUCGAGUGCGCCUUGGCCUAAUUAAUCGGACGAGCGGCGCGAAGCUCGACUUGCGUGUCUUGAGGGAGGGAACUAAAUCAGUGACACACGCCUCAUCCCCUCUCUUUUCGAUCUCGAGCAGCACAAUACCUGUCGUAAUACCUUUAGCAAUCCUCCCACUCCCACAC